GGUUCUUAUAAAAUGACAGCCGUCAGCCAACAACUUGUGAUUAAAUGACUGAUGGAUAUCGAGUUGCGUUGAACCGGAACAGAUUCACGCAAAUUAUUAUUGUAAAUAGUUAAUUAUAAUUUAUUGAUAGGUAUGGAUAGUUUUAGAGUAGCCGUUAACGUUAGGUACAUAUUUUUACUAUACAUUUGGGUCUCCCAUGUUAUUUACAAUCCAACUGAUAGCGGAGCAGUGCAAAUAACUCAGCAAACUCUGGCAUCAACUUUAGCGAGUAACGAGUUAGUGUUCAUCAACUUUUAUGCAGAAUGGUGUAGGUUUAGUAACAUUCUAAUGCCUACGUUUGAUGAGACGGCCGAUCAGAUUAAAUCGUUAUUUCCGCAAGCGGGUAAGGUAGUUUUGGCAAAAGUGGAUUGCGAUAAAGAGACGGACGUAGCGUCACAAUUUCACAUAACUAAAUAUCCGACAUUGAAGAUCGUCAGAAAUGGGCAAGUCGCAAAACGAGAAUACCGAGGCCAAAGAUCCACGGAUGCUUUUGUAACUUACAUGAAAACUCAAUUAGAAGAUCCCAUAAUUGAGUUUAAAAGUCUGACGGACUUGGUUAAUUUGGACAAAAAUAAACGAAUAAUCAUCGGAUAUUUUGAUGUAAAAGAAAGAGUCGAGUACGAUACAUUUCGGAAAGUAGCAACCAACCUUAAAGAAGACUGCCAAUUUCACGUCGGAUUUGGAGAGGUAUCGCAACAAAUGCAUCCUCCGCAGCAACCUAUAAUUGUAUAUCGGCCCGAUGUCGAGAGAACAAAUGAUUUGGACGAAACAUACAUGGGACAGAUGACGAACUUUAGUGAAUUAUACGCAUGGUGUUCUGAAAGGUGUCUUCCAUUAGUUCGUGAAAUAACUUUUGAGAAUGCGGAGGAGUUAACCGAGGAAGGAUUACCAUUUCUCAUAUUAUUUCACCAUCCAAAUGACAAAGACAGUAUUAAACGUUUCAAUGAGAUCGUGCAAACCCAGUUAUUGAACGAAAAAUCAUCGAUCAAUUAUCUAACGGCAGAUGGAAUCAAAUUCGCACAUCCACUACAUCACCUUGGAAAAGGAGAAAGCGAUUUACCCUUAAUUGCCAUCGAUAGUUUUAAACAUAUGUACCUAUUUCCAAACUACCAAGACAUAGAAACUCCUGGAAAAUUAAAGCAGUUUAUCGCAGACUUGUAUUCAGGCAAAUUACACAGAGAGUACCACAACGGACCCGAUCCGGAGUCCACUGAAAAAGUAACCAAGCCCGCCGUACCACUUGAAAGUAGUUUCAAAAAGCUAGCACCCUCUAAAAAUAGAUACACGUUGCUUAAAGAAGAGCUGUAAAGUGAUUUUAAUGAAAAGUUGUUAAUUAAUUUAAGUUUAGUAUAAGCACAAACAUCUUUCUUUAUAGUGUGGUGUCUCCACUCGAGUGAUUUUAAAAAAUAAAUUCCCAGCCCAAAGGCUGUAAUCAAAUUA